AGUGCAAUCUGAGAUGCAUUGGAAAAUUUAUUGAAAAGAAGUGUUGCUUUUAUGUUGCUGACCGUGCGAAACGGCCGAAUGGAUUUCAAUCUUUAUAAUCAGCCGGUAGAUGACAGCGCGUCGAAAGCAACGGGACGAAGCCACCCAAUCGCGCACGAUCGUUCGUCAGUCGUUUAUCAUUCGUUACCGGAGAUAUCCAUUUUUUUCUGGCAAAUCACCGCAUUGCUAUGUUUGCCUUUCAUGUCGUAACGUAUCGUCCAUAACGCGUUAAGCAUUCUCACGAGGCAGCGUAUUCUCGAUCUAGGCUGACCGAUUUUCCAUGUCGCGUAUGUGCCACGUCGGUUUAAAAUUGAUCCGCUCCGCUGAUGUCGCAAGGACCAGCGAUCUUCUGAGAACAACAAUGGGAAACUCUUCUGAUUUUUGACAAGAGUUUUCGCCGUGUCGCUGCACGAGUUCCUGCGAAAAUCGCGAGCGAAUUAUGGAUUUUCGUCGGUGCUAAAUAUAGUGUUGACAGGCGUCGCUGUGUCGCGCUGUCAGUGACGGUCAAUGUGGGGGAAUGUGGAUGGUAACCAGUUUGUAAAAAUGUAUAUAAACAAAUAAACUAGGGAAGCUGUAAAUAUGUUUGCUUAGUCACCUAUACAAGAUGAGAUUCAACAAGCAAGAAUUAUUAACACUAGCUACCCAACCUUCCCAGAAAUUUGAAAAAGAAGGUAUUCUGUAUGUGAGAGAGCGACAGGAAGGUUUCUUUCGCAGAACAGAAAGUACAGGUAAAAAACCCGAGAACAAAAAUCAAAGAGGAAAGUCACAUAAGAGCCUACGAGAUCUCAAUUGUGUUACAGCCGGCGCGAGCAAAGUAAGUCUCGAACGAUGGUGCAGGCUGCGCGGCAACCUUUUGUUUUAUUUCAAAUCGCGGGAGCAGUGGUCAGAGCCGCUAGGGGUGAUCAUACUGGAACAGUGCACGGUCCGCGUCGAACUACCCAGCAAUCACGUUCCUUACGGAUUCAGCAUAGUUUUCGACGGAGGCUUGUUUCAACAGUUAGGCGCCAACACGGCCGAGGAGAGGGACAGUUGGUUGCAGGCGCUGCAGUUGGCCAGCUAUGAGUGCAUGCGGAGCCAGUUGCUGUCGUUGCGACAGCGCAUCGAGGCGUUCAGCGGCCACAAGUACGACACGGAUAUUCAGAUGUUGCGCUUACAGCGUGGCACCUUCACAGGUUGUUCAGAAUUUAAAAAUCGGAUCUUACCUUCUUUUCCUUUGCCAUUCAAAUUUCAUGCUGAAUUCGUUUCGUCAGAUCCGGCGGAGGUACCGAUGUGCGAGAUAUCGUUAGCUUGCGACAAUUUACUAUGCGACGGACACGGCCGGCCACCCACACCCGUUUUAGAGAUAGAUGUACAAUCGAAAUCUUCGAAAACCUGGAUUAAAUACGCGCGGACGGAAGUCGUGGAGCGGAGUAGCAAUCCCAGUUUUUUAACUACGGUGAGCUUCCGAGCGAGCGAUGGCUUGACGACCGAAACGAAAAUUAGAAUAACCGCGUACGAUGUCAGGGAAAGAGUUAGCCAAACCGCAACUCCGAUAGGAAGCGCGAUAGUGACGUUCAGCACGGUGCAGGACACUCCAAGAUUAAGGAUACCGUUGAAGUCAGCGAAAACAACGACUGUCGGAUUCUUAACGAUUAACGUGUGGAAUUUGGAAGCCGAGGACAAAGGAAAUAGUACGGAGAGUACACCAUCGAGAAACGCGGUAUAUGGCAAUAACAACCAACAUCUGCUUUCGCACAGACGCUCGCAGUCAUUGCCUCCGAGAUUAGGAACGAAAAUAAAGUUCCCGCAUCAGGGCCAGUUAAAAUUGCUCUUUGCUAAUCCGUAUGUACAGACUUACCGAUUCCAUUCCGGGCUAGGUGGUGAUAUAUGCGUGCACGAGAUUAUGGCGGAGAGCAAGCUUUGCUUUCAAUUUCCUCAACACCUGCUUGGGAUCUGGAUACAGGAAGAAAAGGAAUUGCUACAGGAGGUAGCUGGAAUGGGAGAACUGAGGGAGCCUUGGCACACGAAGCAAGUCGAAUUGCUCGACCGCCAUCUUCACUUGUUACAUUUGUAUUCCCAAGCCAAAGAAAACUUAGCUGCCUACAAAGGAAGUUAUUUCAAGCAGUCGUCGCGAAAGAACGACCGUACUCUCGAAUUUGCACCUCUUAAUUUGCACCUUCAGAGAAUGUGGGUUCACAAUGACACGCUGAACAAGUGCGGAUUUUACGACUUUAUCAGCGUAGGAGCCUUCACCGCGCAUUCUCAUAAAAGCAAAAACGGCGGACUUAUAAGACUGGUGCAGGCGCUGAAGGAGUCGCCGAUACGGGGCAAUCAGCUGUAUCAGGGAACAUCCAAGAUAACGAUGGCGCACGAUGCGAUUCAAGCAAUCAAGCAGCUGCGCCGAGACGUCGUGGAAGCGAUGAGGUCACUGAUGAAACUCGCCAAGGAGAAGCAAACCAGCGGCAUGCUACCGAUAUGCGAGGAUAUGAUAACGAAGACUCGGAUCUUACUCAGCCUGUGGGACCCUGGCUUGGUGGAGGAGGCAUUAACGUUUCUGGAAGAGUAUAAAGUCGCUAAAGUCCAAGAGGACUCUGUCACGGACGACACUCUGACAUUGGACUUCAAGACGAACCAAUCCCUGUCGCCGUUCAAACGGAUCACGCAGCAGCUGAACUUUGACCUGAAGAGUCCCGACUUUGACGACUUCGUCACGCCCGACACUCCCGAGUGCGUGCAGGACAUCUGGUCGAAGGGCGGCAUGAGGAACGGAGAGUACGCUCCGUUAGCGUAUACGAGAAAUGACGUCGCGGAGGAGGAUUUCGUGAUAUUCCCAGAUGUGGAGGACGAUCCGAAGGAGAUCGUCGACAGGAGGGAGAACGACGAGAGGGAAGAUUUGAGAAGCGGCGGCGACGCCGAUCCGUGCAGACGUUUCCUCGAUACUCAGAAGAUGUGCAACUCACCGUCGGCGAAUUACUACAAGCCCACGGAUGAGCCAGAGCCGUGGGAUCUCACUCAGUUAAAUAUCGAGGCGAGUGUAAUGUGUCUCGUGUCGAAGGUGAAGUUCCUCUGCGGCAGAUGCAGCAGCCCAGCGGUGCGGCUGCGCAACAAGAGUCUGAGCAGGUCGCAAAGUCUGAAGGGUCCGAGCAGUCGGCAUAACGCCGAGGUCGUCACCAUACAGCCGAAGAACGGUAUUAAGUGCGAGGAGUCGAACAAAUUGCUGGAGGAGACGAACGACGCGUCGCGCACAGGAGCGGAGAAGCCGGCGUUCUCCAAGGCGAAAGAAGGUAAGAAGAGAGGAUCGCUAAAACGAACUUGUUGUAACAACUCGUCUUCCAAUGAAGUGUGCCAAGCGGUUGACUCGAUGACGCGAGUGAUCAAAAGUAAUUCGGGACAGAGGAACAAGUUCACCGAAGGUCUGGACUUCGCGUCCAUUGUGGAUUGGACGAGCGAGCUCAGGCCGAGCAUGAAGAAGCUGCGGCAGGCCAUGGACGGGCUACUUAAGACUGCCAGAUUAACACACUCGGUGUUUCGUGUGCAGGAAGACUCCAAGGUGGCGCAGCGCGCAUGCAAUGUCCGUUACAGACGGGACGUUUGCUUCAGUCAAGCGUUGACGGCCUUGGUAACCGGCAUAAUGGCGAAACUGUGGUGUCAGCGACCCGAUCCGAUGUUUCUGCUGAUACUCACGACUUUAGGACCACUGGUCUCUUUCGAGGGUCUUCUUAGCUACUACGGGGACGAGAUCGAUAUGUGGGGGGAUAUGGCUGUAGCAGUCGAAGACACGCACACCGUCACCUUCACUCUGUCUCGGUGCGGCAUUCAACCUAGAGUCGAGGGAAAGCACAAUAUGACGUUCCAGCUUCCUUUACCGCGUGUAGUAGGAUCACGGAGCGCUCUGACGGUGAUACUUCCAGUUCCGGAUGCCAUCUAUUCUCUGCUGCCGUUGGUACCUUCGUCCAGGCAGACCUUGUCGUUCAACGUGACGCCGGUGUUCUUCAACGUCGGUAUCAACGAGAUGGCUUCUUUGGCUGAAAGCCUCGGUACUACGAAGCCGCAAGAGAAGAGUAAUAUGGACAAUUUCGACAGGCUGAACGAGUAUUACUUGAGAUUCAAGAAAUUGAAUCUACCGACGGAACCCGCGUCCACGCGUUUUGCUGCAAGAUCGAUCUUGGGCCACGCAUUGUCAGACAUGAUGUCCAACUUGAAAAUGUGCGUUCAGGAGAAGGUGAACAAGAACGUAGAGAUUUUGCAGUUGUCCUCGCAGAUAUGUCGAAGAAUGCGCGGCCUGAGAUUUACCAGUUGCAAGAGCGCAAAAGAUCGGACCGGUAUGUCAAUCACCCUCGAGCAGGUUAAUAUACUCUCGUCGGAGUAUCAUCUGGCCGAACACGAGUAUACCAGGGCUCUUGACUGUAUGCGAAGUGAGGGUUGCCGGCGAGAGAACACGUGGAAAAACAUUGGUGUGCGAAAGUACGCGUUCAACAGUUUACAGAUUUUGACGCUGCCUCGACUUUACCGACCACCAACUGGCACGUACGGAUCUGCUCAGACAUAAAAAAAAAAAGUCUCACUGACUUUACGUACGUGUACAAUUACAUUACGAACAAUUAAAUUUGACUCUUUGGCUGUGUAA